AUGCCAUGGAGCAUCCAGCUGCUACUGCAUACUGUUGGGUUUUACUCAACUCCCAUCCACCAAUCUAGCAAAGAAAAUAUUCUGUGUCGAGGUUGUGGCGUAGAAGUGUCAUCAAGUUUCGAUAUAUUUUUGAAGUCUAGCGCGAAGUCUCGUUACUCUUUCCGUGACACAUUAUUUGGAAAAGAUGAUGUUUUAGUGCAGGUUUUUGCUAAUGAUAUGUUCUUCCACUACCCUGUGAUAACCUUUAAAAAAUCUACCUGUGUUCCUACUGGGGAGAGUACCCUGCCAACAUAUCAAAUUAAAAUGGCUGCUGAUACAUUAUCAGCUGAAGAUAAAGAAUUUUUAGCCAAAUGUGAGGAAGAACUGAAAGAUAGAUUUACUGAGAAAGAUGUUGAUUUUAUGAAAGUUUACAAUGAAUUGCCUUCCACACCACCUGUGUUAGAUUCGUGGUGGGUUCCUAACUCGGGUCGUCGUAACAACGACCGUCGCGCCAACAGACGCCACAAUCCUUACCAGCGAGACAAUAACAGGGAUCGCAACUACGGACGUCGCGACAACAGAGGAUACAAUGACUAUUCCCACUAUGACGACAGUUCAUCCGGAUACCGUCCCCGACACAGAUAUCAGUAUUGA